GAGGAAGGAGGCAGGAUCAGGGAGACGGCAAACAUGGACUUGCAUUGUGAUUGUGCUGAGUCCCCGGCAGCUGAGCAGCCAUCAGGAAAGAUUAAUAAGACUGCAUUUAAAUUAUUCGGGAAGAGGAAAUCGGGCAGCGCUAUGCCAACGAUAUUUGGGGUGAAAAACAAGGGAGAUGGGAAGAGCACGGGCAAAAUGGGCAUGGUACGUAGCAAGACCCUGGAUGGAUUAGCUGAUGCUGUGCUGGAGAACAGCAAGAAAGACGAGCAGAGUCCAUCGGAAGCUGCCGCUGUCGAUACCACCAGCACAGAUGCCAACAGCCAGGCGGUCACAAUAAAGACAGAUGUUUCGCCCAGCAGCCCCGUAUCUAAAUCACACACUUUCUUUUCUUUGCUAAAAAAGAAUGGGAAAUUAGAGAACGUGAAAGGGGAGAAUGCAGAACAGAGAUCUGGCAGCAGACAAAAGAAGGGACUGAAGGGCUUGUUUAAUAGCAUACGGUGGAACAGAAAGGAAAAACAUAACAAGGACGAUAAAGAAGGGGCUCUAGAGAAUCAACCAGACUUUAUCCUGUCCGGUUCUUUGACAGCAAGCUUAGAAUGCAUCAAGGAGGAAAUACAAAAACCUUUGUGUGAACCAGAAGUACCUGCAGAGACUUUCACGGUUGAUUUACCCUGUGAGGAACAGAGCAGGGAAGUCACCACCUCACUUGAGGACAAUCAAUUGAAAGCAACAGAAGAACCUCCUUGCUCAUCACACCAAUCGGUCAAACCCCAAGAUGGAGAUUCUGCAGGUAGCCCGCAUAUGGAGCACACUGACCAGCUACCAGAACCGGCGGAGGAGACCCUACAGGAAAAGAAGGAGGAGAACAUAACAGGAUGUGGUGAUAUUAUUGCCGACCAGGACGAUGAUGGAGGCAACACUACCGCUGCGAGGCUUAUCCAUGGGAAUGGCAAGAAAGCCAUUUCCAAAAAGACCCCAACUAUUGUUGCCUAUCAGGGAGGUGGAGAGGAGAUGGCAAGUCCGGAUCAGGUAGAUGAUAAUGACAUCCAAGAAUUUUUGGGGAUAAUACCGCAACCGGAGGACGUGAGCAAAGAGGUGAGAAAAGUGAGUACUAGCAGACAGUCCUCAUGGGAGGAAAAACAUAGCGAGGGCACCUGUGAUUCAACUGUGGUGAAACCAUCUAAGCUGAAACAACUUGCUGCUAACUCUAAUGAGAAAGGGGAUGUUAAAAGUCGAGGGAAGGAGCAGAGAGACUCUGUUCGUAAUAGCGAUGAAGGUUAUUGGGAUUCACCCAUACCAGGGCCAGAGGAAGAACCCACCAAGAGUAUGGGAAAGAAAGCCCUAUCAAGAGACAGCUGCAGUGGAGAUGCACUCUAUGACCUAUAUACAGAACCUGAGGAAAACACAGCCAGAGCGCAUGCGGAAGAGAAAAGACCCUGCCAGACACACGCCAAGCCACUCUCUCCCGUAACUGUCACAUGCCCUGUCAAGGCAAAUUUUACAAAGGACUCAAAAAUACCUAUCAGCAUUAAACACCUGCCCGUUCACUCCCCCAGCAUGCCAGCUGACACUGGCACUACGCCGCCAGCCGCACAGCAUCACCCAGUAAAAAGCGAACUUCCCAGAACGAAAAUCCCAGUUUCCAAAGUACUUGUCAGACGGGUCAGUAAUAAGGUCAUAACGGGACCUUCAGGUAAAACAGCAUUGCAUGAACCCGCCAGGAAAUAACCGGAACUGUUAUGGAUAGCUC